CUAAAGGUGAUCAGCUCAGUUUGUCAUGAUGGAGAGUGAAAAGAAGAGGAGGAAAUACUCCACGAGCAGCAAUGACUCUGACACCACAGACAGUCAAGUGACCUCCUGGUCCAGGUCCUCCAAGAAUACCGGCACCAGUAGCACAUGGGUCGGCCACCAGCACAAGAAACCAUCAGAGGUGUUUCGUACAGACUUCAUCACGGCCAUGAAGCUGCCAGACUCGGCCCAGCUCGGCCCAGACGACUUCUAUGUGCUGUCGGACCCCUGGAGACAAGAGUGGGAGAAGGGGGUGCAGGUCCCAGCCAAUCUGGAGGCCAUACCAGAGCCUGCGGUCAGGUUGCAGCCGGAGUGGACAGGUGGUGCGUCCAUCGACGGGCAGAUGACGGAAGGAGACGCACAGCCUCCUCGCUCCAAGCUCUACAGCUGCUAUGACCUGGAUGACCUGGAUGUCGCAUGGCUGCAGCUGGUUAACCAGGAGUUCAGACAGAUGGCCUUACCGGUGUUGGAUGAGCUGACGAUGGAGUGCGUUCUGGUCGAGCUGGAGAGUGUGUGCAAGGAAAAGAUGCAGCAGGCCAUAGAGACGGAGGAAGGCCUGGGCAUCGAGUACGAUGAGGACGUGGUGUGCGACGUGUGCCGCUCGCCAGAGGGCGAGGAUGGCAAUGAGAUGGUCUUCUGUGACAAGUGCAAUGUCUGCGUUCAUCAGGCUUGUUACGGCAUCCUGAAGGUACCACAGGGGAACUGGCUGUGUCGGACCUGCGCUCUGGGGGUUCAGCCAAAGUGUCUGCUUUGCCCCAAGAGAGGGGGGGCCCUGAAGCCCACCCGCAGUGGAACCAAGUGGGUCCACGUCAGUUGUGCCUUAUGGAUCCCUGAGGUGAGUAUAGGCUGCCCAGAGAAGAUGGAGCCCAUUACCAAGGUGUCCCACAUCCCUGCCAGCCGCUGGGCUCUGUCCUGCAGCCUGUGUCGAGAACACACGGGAACCUGCAUCCAGUGCUCCAUGCCCUCCUGUAUCGUGGCCUUCCAUGUGACAUGCGCCUUCGACCAUGGCCUGGAGAUGAAGACCAUCCUGGCCGAAAACGACGAGGUGCGCUUCAAGUCCUUCUGCCUGGAGCACAGCUCCACCACCAACACAACCAGUGUGACCAACGGAAACCACGCGCUCACUUCGACCUCCAAUGGAGCGGCCAGACCCGACCGGGCUGCCGGCUCUGAACUACGGCCAGAGCAACACCACGAGCUAAGCAGCUGCGGCGACUCGGAGCAAAGCAGAGUAUCUCACCUGGUGUCGGCGGCAGAGCGAGCCGAACGGGACCAGCUGGAGAGAGAGAAGGUGAGCCAGAGGAAACAGAAGCUCCAGGAGCUGGAGGAUGAGUUUUACAGACUGGUGGACCCAAAUGAAGUCGCUGAAAACCUCGGGCUGCCGCUUUUACAGGUGGAUUUCUUAUAUCAGUUCUGGAAGUUAAAGAGGAAGGGCAACUUCAAUCAGCCUCUGGUCACUUUAAAAAGAGACGAGGUGGACAACCUGGCCCAACAGGAGCAGGACGUCCUCUACAGACGCCUCAAGCUCUUCACGCAUCUCCGUCAGGACUUGGAAAGGGUGCGUAACUUGUGCUACAUGGUGACACGGAGGGAAAAAAUGAAGCACACUGUCUGCGAUCUCCAGGAGAAGAUCUUCCACCUGCAGAUCCAGCUGCUAGAAGAAGAAAUGGCAGGAGAGAAAACCCAGAGGAAGAGGAAGCAGAACGGACUGAAGGAUAAAAGGAAAGAGAGAAGGAAGCAUCGUACUGGCAAGAAGAAGGAGAGGUGGAAGUCAGAGAACGGCUCCCUGCUUAAAGAACUAGGCUUGUCAAAGUCAUUUCCAUUAGAAAACUCUUUGUUCGACAGCUGGCUGGCCAAAUCAGUUCAGAUCACUGCUGAUGACAUGCUAAGCCAGUGGGCUCUGGGCGGCCAGCAUAACGACAAAAGCAGCAGUCUGCUAUCUGACCAGUUAAUGCAAGGCGAGGAAAGCCUCCUGAACCUUAUGAUGGAGAACUCUAUGCAGUCUGCCUGGAAAACACCUCAGCUGGGCCGCAAAGCCAGGGGGAGCAACAAAGUCCGUUCUCGAGGACAAACUACUGCGAGCACCCAGCCCCUGUUUGGAGCAGCAGCAUCUGCCACCAGCAGCCCCUCUACAGCAAAGAGCCUCUGGGAAAAGUCUAGCAAUGUAGGUCGGAAAGGGGAAAAGUCAAGAAGCUCCUCUAAGACCGUGCACCACCAUGUUCAUCACCACCAGACCAGGAGCUCUGACCUGCACAGUGACCCACCACCACAGCCGCCUAUCUCCAAGAUGGAUUCCUGCCACAUCUCCGAGGAGCGUGGCCCGUGGGACAGCAUCCGCUUGGGAAAUGGUGUCGGAUCAGGGGGUGUAUCUGGUUUCACAGCAAGCUGUUCUCCACCUCCAGCCUCCAGUCCUGGAAUCACAGUGCCUGACGCCGAGGCAAUGCAGCGAGGUGGGGGUCCACGGUCCCGCCUGGCCCGUCACAGUAAAUCAAGAGUGAGAGGAAGCGUUGGAGAACUGGACUCCAUGGACCUGCCGCUCACAGGAAAUGGCACAUCCUUGCUGGAUGCUGCUGAGACUGAUGGGUACUUCUUUGACGGCGAGAGUGAUUUGGAUACACGCUCUGGUGGACGUAAACUUCGGCUGUCGCAGUUGCAUUCUGCUAACGAGGAUUUACUGAGGAGAAGUGUACUGGCGUCUUAAACAACUUAGACUCAUAAAUACACAAAGGAAGAUUUCAAAGCUGACUGAUGGCCGAUUGGCCUUGUUAAACCAAAUCUGUCAUAUCUAUCAGUGGUGAAUUUUUCCAGCUCUUACUCUGCGUUGUUUCUUGGGGUUGGGGGGGAUUUGAAUGUAGCUGUAUGCCUAUCGUACAGUAAAGCCUCUCCACUGGACCGCAGUUAACAAAUAGGAAACAAACAUAACCAUUUGUUUUUUUGGAUAUUUCCGAAUAAUUUUGUUUCUGGGCGUUUAAGCACCCAGUUCUGGCCUCAUGUCUGUGGUAGGCAUCAGACUUGGGAACAAACAUUUGGGGCAUUAUUCUUCUUAUUACUCAAGCUGGUUUCAGGGUAUGCUUUAUUCUUGGUCUUUAAGGUCCAAGUUGCAUCCAAUGAGUCCUUGUUUUCUUGAAUAUGUUAAGUCCUAGACAAUUUCAUACCAGAGUUGGCAUGAAUAUGUGCAGAGGGCAGCACAGGACAGCAUGUACUCAGCCUUGAAAAGCACAACUAACUAAUCAUAUGAGCUGUCAUGGAAGCAUUUGAGUGUAUAAUAGAUGCUCAUUCAGGGCUGGGGUCAAUUUUUCUGCUGACUCAGAUGCAGAAUUUACAACGAAGCCUUUUAUUUUGUUACAAGUUUUUAGCCCCUGAAAACCAGAUAUCAAAUUAGUCAUUUUUAUUGAGCAAAGAUUGACCCCAACUCUGCUGUUGUGUCAGACUGUCACAGAGACACAAACACAUACAUAUACACUCAGAAACAACCAUAAUGACAUCUCUUUGCUUACAUCUUUAACAUUGUAUAAAUAUUUGAUCUGAUCUUUCUCCACUGCAGUCAAAUUCUUCCUAAAUCAAUUGUAUCCCCCUUAAAUCUUUAGAAAAAUAUCAGUACAGAAACGUUGUGCCUUCCGUCACUUUCUGUGACCUUCACACAAAUCAAUCAAUGAGUAAAUCAAUCAGUCGUCUCUCAAUCGAAAUUUGUAACAAUCAAAGCAAAACAAAAUCACGCUACAUUGGUUGCCAUAUGUAGCCAUUUGGUGUCUUGUUACCUUAACAAUUGAAUAGUGCCUGAAAAAAUGGAAAUACAUGCAGUGUUUGCCAUGUUUUUAACCAAUGCAUCUGCAACUCUUUGCAAAGCAGAGCCACACAGCACUAUCAGUGCAAAGAGCGGCCUACUCUUAUGAGCCCCCCACCCCAAAAUGCAUCACUGCAGCAGCAGAGAACCAUUAAAAACAAGUGCUUGGCCAAGUUACACUGUUCUAGCUUUGUGGACCCCUGCAAGCUAUCUGUUGCUCAUUCGUGAUCUGCUGAUAUAAAAACAGCUUUCCAGACUUAAAUCUGUACCUAAUUAAGUCUCUGCUGUCUUUUUGUAACCAAAGAAGCUAGGUAUUGUAAUCCAAAAACAGCAAACUAAAUCUACAUUAAAUUGUGAACUUAUGAAUCAGAAUUGAUUUGUCUUGGGAGGUCAGCAUCAUUUAUUUUCAGGAGAGAUGCACUGAUCAGAUACUUUUGGCCGAUGUCUGAGCUCUUAUUUUUGCAAAGCCUUUAAAAAUCAGCUGAUAGCUUUUAGCAAAAUCCAAUUUCUUACUAUAUAUAUAAAGAACUAUAAGAACAGCAUUCAAAAAUAUUUUAAAUCUGCCUUGUGUAUCUGUACUCUCAGUGUAUAUAGGAGAAGAGUCACUAUAGAACAGGCUUAAGACAAAUAAACUUAUCAAGGAGUUGACAUUUUAAACAGUCUUUAACAUAUUAGUGUUUAGCAUCGUUAGCAUCACUAGCUAUAAACAGCAGUCUCCAUGUUUUCCCUAGAGAGCAUAGUCCCUCACCCCAACUUUGAGAUUUCCAAAAAGCUGCCAACAUAUCUAAAUCCAGCAUGUUCUGCAACAACGAACUACAGCCUAAAAGGAUAAAACAGUGCAACUUUGUUGUAAUAUUUACAGACUUCCUGUUAUCUGCUGUAGUCUAAGCUGACAUGCCUCUGUAGGACACGUUUUCCUUUAUCUGGCUUCAUUUUUAAACAUCACUGACCCUUAAAAUGGUUUAUGUCCUCUUCAUUCGGUAAUAGCGUGCACACCAAAGAUUGUUGAAGAUAUGGUGCAGUCACUGAUUAAAAAAAGAUCAGAUUUAGUCUUUCCAGCGAUGGCCAAUCCAUCUUAAAUAUUUCAGUUUUAGUGAUUUCUAUAUUUUGUAAGUCUUUUUAGAUGACUAAUAUCAGACUAAAUUGGUUACUUCAGGUCAUUUUGUCUGUCUAUUUGGUUUGUCAAGUUUGAUGCAAUAAGAUAUUUUUUUAGCAGCAUGGCUCCCCCCUCAAGCCCAACUUGACCAAGCACUUGUAACCGGCUCUCUUGCAUGCAUGCCACACCAGAAACUAAUGAAAACAAUGUAAGAAUCAGCGCCAAGCCCAAGUUCCCAAACCGAGCAGUUUCAUUUUACAGCAAAUUUACAGAUCUUUUGUCAAUAUCCUAUAGAGUUAUUUUGUACUCAAAAGGCAGUUUGUGGUAUUCUCAGGGGUUAAAGAAAAACUUUUUAAAACAAUGAAUACAAGAUUUAAAAAACAUCUAUGUAAAAUUAUAUAUAAUAGACAUAUAUAUCUAUGUAAAGUGAGGUGUGUUUGAUAAGAAAUUUUGUUUGGCAAGUGUCAAUGUUUGAUUUCCAACACCACUACUACUGAGCUAGUGUCUUCUCUAAGUGUGACCAUCAGCUCUGGAUUCAGCAGUUCUAAUGGUUUAUGUUUGUUACCAGAUUCAAGUCAGGUCAUCAGCUGGGUGGUCAAACACUUUUUGCGGUCAUCCCACCUCUACCAACCCAAACUGUACUGAAACAAAGCAGAACUGAGUUGUAAGAGCUGCUUGAUCCAGGCCUGACUCACAGCCUUUAAAUAGAGAUAUAUGUCCAUCCUGCUCGUUUUUCUGUAGACAUGUUCUAACUGGUGUUUAAGAAUGACCAUGCCAAAGAACAGAUCUGUGUAUUAAGGCAGCAUAUUUACAUCUUGUCUACACAAACACACAUACAUACGUCUCUGGAUUGCAAGAUGAAGAUGAGUUUGAUAAGGUGUCAGACAGCUCUGUAAGUGAUGUCUGGGUCAGCCAGGUUUUAUUCCAGCUUGGUUCCAUCUAAGCUGUAGUCACAUUGUUGUAGUGUUCUGUGACAAGACGAUUUACCGGGAUUAUCCCUGAUUUACAUUCACAGGAACUGAGACAGCAAACUGCUGGUGACGGUCACUUAACACAGACUCAAAUUUAGCUCCUUCAAAAUAAAACAAAAAACAAACAUGCUGCUGAAAAUGAACAUCCAACAACACGUGCAUGGGAUCAUACAAGCUGGGACAACAGGGUUGUAAAGUAACAGAUGAAUAGUUUUAUAUGGACACAUGGUCCUGACUUACUCAGAGAGAAACGCCCUCUAUUGACAGUUUUAUGACAAGUGAUGGCACUGUGUCCUUUUUGUUCUUCAGGGGUAGCCAUCGUAGGCGAUUUCCAUGGUUGUGCUGAAUUGUGGAAAAAUAUCCUUACACUAUUUGAAACACAGCCUGGAGGAUUUUGGACUUCUACAUUGGCCACUACGAAUGAUCAUUACAACACAGACACACAACAACUAGAAAACAUGUUCUUUGAAGUGGGGAUGUGGUGAAGUAUCAUUACAACCUGCCGGAUCGUCCUCCGGGUGUUCGUUACCGUUUAUGUGUCGCCAAGACAGAUAAAUGUAAUCUUGGUUUUAAUAUUCAAAGUAUCCUGAUGUUGUAGACAGUGGUAUUAGAAGAGGCCUAACAUGUACGGCCUAAACAUGUAGUAGCAAAUGCUGAGGCUGCACAGUACAAACAGUGAAGAAGAACUUCAUUUUUAAAAUCAAAUCUAAAACCAAUAAACAGGUUUUUUUCCAUCCUUUUUUAGUGCUGUGCAGCCUUUGCAAACAACUGAUUUAUUAUUCCGUAUUUACAGUGUGGCUUCAAUGCCCUCUCCUUACGCUUCGUAGAUACUGUAGACUGGACUCUUUUGCAGGUUUUUUUUUUGUUUUUAUCAGUAUCCACUAGGAUACAGCUUCAAAGUCCUCUGUGUGGUAUGCUGGUGUGGGCGCUGGCUCACAGCCCUAAUUGUGCCCACUGUUGAUCUUUGAGUUUUGUAACUCUGACAAGUCAGAUUUCCACAUGGUGGGAAAUCUAAAUUUAAAAUUUUCCAGUUAUCUUUGCAUCAGCAAAAAGAUGGGUAAUGUUUCUGCGUAAGGCUGCACAAUGUUAGUAAAACGAGCAGUCAGGAGGGGUUUGAACAUGGAAAUGAACAUUUUAAUUUCAGUUAACAUUUUCCUUACUCUUUGUUUUCCAUAGUCAUGAUGUCCCCAGCACUUUCUGUACGUUUUAGUAUAUUUACCACAAAUGUUUGGCCAAAUAUAUUUGAAUGCAGGUAAUCUACGCAUGGCACUUCAGAUUCAACAGCCAACCCAGCACUGCAUCAGGGCUCUUCUUUACAAUUGAAAUAUUGAACAAACUGAUAUUGCAAUGACCAUUUAGAGUGCAGAGUUAAAACAUUCUGUGUACUGAAUAAAUACUGUAUUACACCUUUACA